AGGACGCUCUGGUCUUUCUGUGAACUCACUUGCUCCCCGGCAGGAAGUUAACCAAUCAAAUCAGGCCAAUUAACCUGAAAAACAAACAGGAAUAACAGGUUUGAGUUCAAGAACGUCAGAGAGAACUGGACAAAAACAUAGAAAGUUCACUUUGUAAACUUCGAACCUCAGCGAGCUAAAGAUAAACAGCCGUUAAAUGUAGAGAGAGAGAAUUUGUAUAGAGACAUGUUUCCCCUCGCAUGACUGCUUGUCUCCUCACUCUCUGCUCAGACGUGUUGUUUCCCACCGCCAGCUCACUCUACAAGUAUGCUCCCCUUCCAGGCAGCACCAGGUCAGUUUGGCCCAGAGGUCCGGGAGCCGGGCCUCCGGGUGUGGAGGGUGGAGAAGAUGAAGGCAGUGCUGCUGGAUCCCUCAGAGGUGGGAGCCUUUUAUAAUGGGGACUCCUACCUGGUGCUGGACAACCGUGGUCAACUGGGAGCUGAUCUCCACAUGUGGAUAGGUGAGAAGUCGUCUAAGGACGAGCGGGUGGCGUGUGCCAUGCUGGCCACCCAGUUGGACAACUUUCUGGGCGGUGACCCCGUUCAGCACAGGCAGGUUCAGGGCUACGAGUCCCCGGAGUUCAUGGCUCUCUUCCCCAGAGGAGUCAGCUACAAGGAGGGUGGCGUGGAGUCGGGCUUCAGGAGGUCUCAGGGUUCUGGGACGGUGCACAGGUUGUACCAGAUCAAAGGGAAACGUAACAUCCGUGCCAAGGAGGUGGAGCUGUCCUGGAGCAGCUUCAACAAAGGAGACUGCUUCAUCCUCGACCUCGGAGAGACCAUUGUGUCGUGGAUCGGCUCGCAGGCCAACAUCUUUGAGAAGCAGAAAGUGCGCGAGAUCGCCUCGCUGAUUCGUGACACGGACAGACAUGGCAAAGCCCGAAUUGUGGACAGCAGCGAGGGCGAGGAGCCAGAGGAGAUGCUCAAUAUCUUGGGACCGAUGCCAGAGCUGCCGGAGAGCACGCCAGAAGAGGACAGCAAAGCAGACGCUUCCAACUCUGCCUCCCUCUACAAGGUGUCUGAUGCGACGGGAUCCAUGUCGAUAACCAAAGUGUCGGACAAGAGCCCGUUUGGCAAGGAGCUGCUGGUUCGGGACGACUGCUUCAUUCUGGACAACGGCGCCAAUGGAAAGAUCUUUGUCUGGAAAGGCAACGGAGCGAAUGCUGAGGAGAAGCAAGUGGCCCUUCAGAUGGCAGAUAACUUCAUCGACCAGAUGAAGUACCCCAGGAUGAAAACGCAGGUGGAGAUACUGCCACAGGGGAAGGAGACCAUCAUCUUCAAGCAGUUCUUCAAGAACUGGAACUAAUUCAUUUAAGUGUUUGACAAAUCCCGCGCUCAAGAAGAAGCCGACAAACAGACAGCAUCCGAUACAAGAUACAUUUCAUUUUUAUAUGGAUUCACUUGUAUGUACAUAUUUGUAAGGCACUGUGCCGUGGACCUGGUAGAAUCAGAGAUGUGAUGCCACUUUUAUAUAUGCAAUAUUCUGCAAGUUUCUUCUGGUGAGAUUAUAAAGAUAUUUAAAAAUAAAAACAAAACAACUUUA